UGUUUAGGGUCUUAAAAAAGCCAGAGCAUUUGUUUACCAUUCCGUAAAUCUACUACCAGUAGGGCUAGUGAGGGAGCCAGGCCCCUCCCGGGCGCUGGCCCACCGGUCAGGGACCUGAGCUGGUGUGCUUGGAGACAGUUGGGGCUGCUUGGCUCACCAAAGGGCAAGGCAAGGCAAGGCAACCCCUAACCAGUAUAUAAGCAUGUUAGCAUGUCACAUUAUUCGACAGCCCGCACAUUCAUUCACUUUGCCAUUGCUUCAGCCUUUCUGCUGUAGCUUGCAAGGAACGUCGGAGGAGGAACAAGGACUGAGUGCUACCGCUACUGGUCUACUACUACUGCUGCUACUUGCCCGGCCGGCGGACGGACACCGCGCCAGCGCUUGCGGGUGGCCACCGAUCGCAUCGCGGCAAGAUCGAUGGCGACCAGGUGCUUCUUCCCCAGGGACGCGGUGGCCGGGCGGCACCAGUCCAAGGCGGCCGAGGAGGCGCUCGAGCAGCUGCACCACGGGGGGCGCGUCCUGUCCCGGGAGGAGGUGGGCGGCGCGGUGCGCGUCAAGAUCGUGGUCAGCAAGCGCGAGCUCAAGAAGAUGGUGGCCGCCCUCGGCACCGGCGCCGAGGCGGCGGCGGCGGCGUCUGCGGACCGCCGCAGCCGCCAGCGCGCGGCGGGCGGCGGCGGCGCCACGGACGCCGAGCAGAGGCUGCAGUCGCUCCGGCGGCGCAGCAUGCGGAGGGCCGCCGAGGAGACCAGGCGGAUGCAGGCGAGCGGGGAGUGGGAGCCCGGCCUUCAGAGCAUCCCCGAGGAAGUUUACUGAGUUUAUUACUAGCGGUUUAGUAGAGAUUGCGCGUCGUCGGUGAUGGUUGAUCGCUUUACUAAUUAUAAGGUUGGGUUUUGAUCACCUCCUGCUAAAAUGCUACCCGUAGAUGUAUGUGUACAGUGCCCUUGAUUUCUUCCUCUUCCCUUAACUACGAGGGUUCAACUUCUGCCGGUUAACCCUCCUCUCCUUCCUCCAUCAGUUUGUGCCAUUUUUUUUUCAUGUGAAAUUUUGGAAUGAGAAAUGAGAGAUGAUCUGGCCACA